CCCGCCUGGCUCAACACGGAAAUGAUCAUUUCAAAACAUUAAUCCGGCAGAGUCUUCAUUAAUCGUGUGGAUUUACCGACGGUUGAUCGCGGUCAAUGAGAAAUCAGAGAGCAGGCCCGAAUGUUGCCAGUGUUUGUGUUGUCUCAUUAGUUUGAUGACUGUUUUGAUGACAGUUACUGAUCUUCAUCAUGAAGCUGAGUUCAUCAGUAUUUGCUUUAUUGUGUCUCAUGUGUGAGAUUGUGUCAAUCGCUCUUUUCCUGAGAGGAUUCUUCCCUGUUCCUGUCAAAUCAUCCUUUUCAGACAAGAGCAAAGUGACUGAUUUUCCUGCAGAGCCACAGACAGGAAGUGGUCCUAACUCCAGCAAGGCUCCCGUGCCGUUGUUCAAGCGGGUGGUGAUCGUCCUGAUCGACGCUCUCAGAGAGGACUUUGUGUUCGGCUCUGAUGGCCGGAGGUUCAUGCCCUACACCAGACAUGUGGUGGAGAGAGGCUCUUCUCACAGCUUCAUCGCCAAAGCCAGACCGCCCACCGUCACCAUGCCCAGAAUUAAGGCUCUGACCACCGGCAGCAUCCCGGGCUUCAUAGACGUGGUGAUGAACCUGAACUCUCCAGCUCUGCUGGAGGACAAUCUCAUCUGGCAGGCCAAGAGCGCUGGCAAACGGAUCAUCUUCUACGGUGACGACACUUGGGUUCGACUCUUCCCCAAACACUUCAUGGAGCAUGACGGCACUACCUCAUUUUUUGUGUCUGACUACACAGAGGUGGACAAUAACGUGACCCGUCAUCUGGAUGGCACUCUGAAGCGAGAUGACUGGGAUAUUCUGAUUCUGCAUUAUCUGGGUCUGGACCAUAUCGGACACAUCAGCGGACCCCACAGCUCUCUGAUAGGACCCAAACUGAUGGAGAUGGACGACAUCAUCAAGAAGAUACAUGCCUCGCUCGUAUCAAAGGAAUCUGAAGGGACGUUGCCCAACUUACUGGUUCUGUGUGGAGACCAUGGCAUGUCUGAAACCGGCAGUCACGGCGGAUCUUCGGAGCCAGAAAUCAACACCCCCCUCGUGCUCAUCAGCCCCGCCUUCAGGAGGAAAGCGGGAUUUGAUGAGCCAGGUGUCCUGGAGCAGGUGGAUCUGACCCCCACCCUCGCACUGGGUCUGGGGUUACCCAUCUCCAAGAACAGCGUGGGCCAUUUGAUUCCAGCUGUGUUUGAGGAGUUAUCACUCAGAGAACAGCUGCGCCUCCUCCAGAUCAACGGACACCAGCUCAGCCGCCUCCUACAGGACAGCAAUCCCACCUUCCACAAGGAGGAUGGUUACGAGCAGUUUCGCGUGGCAGAGAAGUCUCACGGAAGCUGGAUGCAGCUCUAUGUGGAUGGAAACACGUCGGAGGUUUUGAACAACAUGGGCAAGAAGGUUCUCAAACAGUAUCUGGAGGCCCUGAAGGCCAUGAGUUCAGCUCUGAGCAAACAGCUGGGCAAAUACGACAUGUACUCCAUGAUCAUGGGCAUGAUCUUCACACUGCAGGUGCUGUUUUUGCUCUUGUUGGCCAUGCCGGAGGCGUUGAGCAGGGAGGCAGUUGUGGACGUCCCGCUGGCAUCAUCUCUGCUCUCUCUGCCCUUCUACCUGCUGUGUCUGUUCGGCUCGGCCCUUCACGUGCUGCUCUGCACCUCCGCCGGGGGCCCCUGCUAUCUCUGCUCUCUCCCUUGGGUCCUAGUGUUCUCCGUCAUCCUCCUGUCCUCCGCCUUCACAUGUGCUCUGGUUAGUAUGGUGGCAAGGAGGAUGCCAACCAGCAAUAAGACCCCUACUAAGGGUUCUGACUGGACUCUGUCAGAGUUGGACGUUCUGUUGCUGAUUGGUACAGUCGGUCACACCCUUAGUUUGGCUUCCAGCAGCUUCAUAGAGGAGGAACACCAGACUUGGUACUUCCUGCUCAACACGCUGUGCCUGGCCAUCUUCCAGGACGUCUGCAGGAAGUACUUCAAGGAGCAGAGGCAUGGAGAUGAAGAGGACAAGGGGCCUUUGCUUCCCUCCGGUGCUGAGGAAGGACCGUCAUUCUUCCCGGCGGUGGGGCUGGGAAUGAGUCCGGGCUCGGAGAAAUGGCUGGCGCUGGCGACCCCGCUGCUGACCUUGACCUGCUGUCGCCUGCUGAGGUCACUGAACCAGACCGGAGUGCAGUGGGCUCACCUGCCUGACUUUGGACACUGGCUCAACAGGGCUGUAAUGGGUCUUGGUCAUGGCAGCUACUGCUUCGCGCUCCUGCGGUCCAUCCCAGCUGUGUUUUAUGUGGUUCUGGUCACUGGUCUCCGAUACCACCUUUUCAUCUGGAGCGUGUUUUCUCCAAAACUCUUGUACGAGGCCAUGCACACCCUCAUCAACACCGCAGUGUGUCUGUUUUUCACCUUUAUGGAUCAGGAACGCUCGGCCAGACCAUGAAUACAAACGCAGAACCAAAGCCAAACUCAGGUACAGAACAAACGGUGCAGUUGAGUUUUGUGCACCAAAAGGAGAAAUGAGAGAAAAAGCGAUGGGAGAAGGUUUUCGAUAAUUCUACUACUGUGAAUUGAGGUCAACGUUAAGAAUUCAGAGCUUACGUGGAGAUUUGGCUUGCUCUACUGACCUCUGCUCAUUUGUGUGUGUGAUUAAAUUAUUUUUUUUAUUUUUUGAGGGGUCUUCGAUAGUGCAGAUAAUGUAUAGGAAGACUUAUGGGUGUACAUGUGAUAAUCCCUCUCAUUCUCUAUGCAGUUUUCUUCCUAAAGCUUUACAGAUAAUGGAGAGUAAUUCCUUCUGUAUCUUGCAAUUUCCAUUCCUGACCUGCUUCACCUUAGAAUAAUACGAGAUAAGAUACAUCAUUAAUAGAUCUCCCCUUGCUGAGAUCACAGCAGAUGUAAACUCCUCACACACUUGAAAGCUUUAAGAGAUCUUAAAUAUCUUUUAAAUCAUAUCUAAACACAACUACGCGUGACAUUUUAGUUUAAUCCGUCUGUUGGAAAUCUGAAUUGUAAACUGAUUUAUCUUGGGAAGUGUUUUUCUUUAUCUCAGUUCUUAGAUAUGGUUAAUAUUAAUAAAACAAAUCCUUUUCUGAUUGAGAGUAAUUCAUUUCUGCAUGCUUUUUAAUGUGUGAUUCACAGUUUUGCCUCUCUGAUUUGUUCUGAUACAGUCGCUGUGUACAAGUGUAAAAGUUAUGUCAAAGUCACUUAUUAAUCAGUGACACUAACAGUGGGACUUAACCAAACGUGAUGCAAUAACACAUUGACCAUCACAAGACUUUGUCUUUUUGCUUUGUUUCUGUCUUCAUUACAUUGUGCUUAGUAGCUCUGCCCUCAGUGAAAUCUUAUUGGUCAAAAAAUCUGCUCCAUGUGACUGUAUAUUAAACAAUCAUUCUCUGAAUGGCAAAUUUAUAUUGUAAGUUUUAUGUUUUAAGUUUUGCUUCCAUUAAUGGUUAUGGACUGUUUUAUUUCUGUUUUUGAUGAUAUUGGCAUACAUUACCAUUCUAAAGUUUAAGAUCAAGAUUUUUUAAAUGUUUUUGAAAGAAGUGGCUUAUUUUCACUAAGGCUAAAAUAUAGUAUGAAGCAGUAAUAUUGUGAAAUAUUUUAAAAUUUUAAAUAACUGUUUGCAUAUAUAAAAUGUAACUUACUCCCUAGAUGCAAAGAAACUCCAGUCUCAUGAUGUCAGUGUCACAUGAUCCUUCAGGAAUAAUUUAAAUAUGCUGAUUUGCUGCUCAAGAAACAUUUUUAUUAUGAUCAACAUUGAAAACAAAUUUUCACUUUUUUUCUUUCUUUUUUUACUAUGUGAUGUAUGGAUGGAUGACAUUUUUGUUUUUUGUAUAUUGAAUAAAUGUGAAGGGAUCAUA